AGAAUCAAGCCUCUGUGUAGACAAGAUGCGUAUGACCGAACAAUUCUGGUGACCCUAGUAUCUCUAUUAUGUCGGCAGCGAAUUACGUUUUAUUGACACCGGGAUACAUGAAUAUAUGAAAUAUAUACGGGAAUUUACCUAGAGCUGAUAGUCUUUAUUUUUACCUCGUCGAUGUUUAUAGUGGUUGAUCAACCACUGUACGAGUCACGCGUGUUAUUUCAUGUUAUUCUUCAGCUUUGUCACGUCCUUGUGCAAUUACCAUAACGAUGAGACUUAUGGUAAACAGCUUUAGAUGUUAAAUUUAGUCUCUGUUACAAAGAAUCAUUGGUUAAUAAAAUAAAUAUAACAUUAUGGAUUUGGAGUUUGAUGAAAUAUCAGAUAUGCCAAAAAUUAGAAGCUAUGAGGAAAUUUUGGGUCAAAAACAAGAUGAAGAAGGAUUUGAAACUGCAACCACAACCGAACAAAAUCGUGUUGAAGGCGACGUGCUUACAUUAUAUCAAUUAUGUAAAGAACCAACUUUAAUUAGACAAAGGCAUAUUGGCUUUUUAAAGAGAUCAAUCAAUAAUUUAAGUGAAGCUUACGAGUGUUUGGACUGCAGUAAGCCCUGGUUGUGUUACUGGAUACUACAUUCGCUUGAAAUAUUAGGAGAACGUUUAGAAGACACAGAAUAUUCAAGAAUAGCAGGCUUUCUGGCGAAAUGUCAAUCACCGGAAGGUGGUUUUGGAGGUGGCCCUGGACAAUAUCCCCAUUUAGCCUCCACAUACGCUGCUGUAAAUGCAUUGUGCACUAUUGGUACGCAAGAGGCAUACAAUGUGAUAGAUAGAAAGAACUUGGGGCAGUUUUUAGCGUCUUUACGGGGGGAAGACGGUUCUUUCUGCAUGCAUGCCAAUGGGGAAAUAGACAUGCGAGGAGCGUACUGCGCUCUAGUUGCCGCGAAAUUAACAAAUGUGUACACUCCGGACAUGUUCAAAGGAACGGAAGAAUGGAUAGCCAAGUGUCAGACAUGGGAGGGUGGGUUUGGGGGUUGUCCAGGGAUGGAGGCUCACGGUGGAUAUGCGUACUGUGGUUUAGCAGCGCUUGUGCUCCUUGGGAAAACUCACAUGUGCCGUUUACCGGCACUCUUGAGGUGGAUAGUGAAUAAGCAGAUGCGUCUAGAGGGUGGCUUUCAAGGACGUACCAAUAAACUGGUGGAUGGUUGUUAUUCGUUCUGGCAAGGCGGAGCGUUCCCGUUGAUUCACGCUAUCUUGUCGAAGGAGGAAAAAGUGUUUAAUUCCAGUUACUGGUUGUUCAAUCAAGAGGCCUUACAAGAGUACAUAUUAGUCUGUUGUCAACAUCCACACGGUGGUCUUCUGGAUAAACCGGGAAAAAACCGAGACAUAUAUCAUACAUGUUACGCUCUCAGCGGAUUAUCAGUUGCGCAAAAUUCACCACAGCCGUCGAUCGUUGGAUCAAAAGUAACAAAUUCAGUGGCGGUCAUACAUCCUGUCUACAACCUGGUAGUUUCCUCAGCUACGAACGCGCUGAAGCACUUUGGUGCCCUACCGAUACCUGAUUUUAAUGCAUCUUAGCUAUUUUAAGGUGUAUUAUAUAUAUAUAUAUAUUUAGGUUUCUUUUUUCUAAAAUAUAAAUUUCAAUAUAUUACAUAAAUUAUUA